UCGCCACACAAAUUUCCUUUUCUUCGCGCUGAAAAUUUCACUCUUAGUCAGUUUCGAAUUCCCAUUCCGAGCGAAGGACUCAUAAAUCCUUCCUUCUCAUGGAUUGCGCAAACUCCAAUGCCUCCCCUUCUGAUGCCUACUGGCUUCUGCUCACCUCCCUCUCUUUGAUCCCCUUCUGGCAUUACUUAAUUGCUGCCGCCAUUGCUUUUAUUGCAUUCGUUUACAAUUUCUUGGAGUUUCAUCUCCUCGAAGAUUUUUUCUCCGGUUUCAGAGGCUCUCCCGUGGGGUUAACGUACAACUCUUUCUCCGAAAUCUAUGAUGGGGUGGUUUCCAAGUGUUCGCUUCUCCAUGGGAGGUAUUUGCCGACGCUCUGGCUUUCAAGCCCUCAUUUGCAGACUUGUUUUUUGAAUUUUUUCGGAAGGCCCCCCGCUUUCAAGUACAAAAGACAAUUGUAUAAAACUUCUGAUGGUGGAACCAUUGCUUUGGACUGGUUGAGGAGCUCUGACGUGUCUCAUGGUGCUCCCCACGGGGAUGAUGCUGUUCCUAGAGAUGACCCCACUCCUCUUGUUGUUGUAAUUCCCGGCCUAACAAGUGACUCUUCAUCUGCUUAUCUCAAACAUCUUGCGUUCAGUACAGCAAAGCAAGGGUGGAAUGUAGUUAUCAGUAAUCACCGAGGUCUGGGAGGUGUUUCAAUUACGUCUGAUUGUUUCUACAAUGCUGGAUGGACUGAGGAUGCCCGUGCAGUGAUUAGGUACCUACAUGAAGAGUAUCCCCGGGCUCCCUUGUUUGUUGUUGGAACUAGUAUUGGUGCCAACGUUCUUGUAAAAUACCUUGGUGAGGAGGGUGAAAAUAUUCCCGUGGCUGGGGCUGUAGCUAUUUGCUCUCCUUGGGACCUUUUGAUAGGAGAUAGAUUUAUAAGCCGUAGGCUUGUCCAAAAGCUUUAUGAUAGAGCUCUUGCAAUUGGACUUCAAGGCUAUGCCAAAAUGCACCAGCCUCACUUCACUCGUCUAGCAAAUUGGGAAGGAAUUGAAAAAUCACUCUCUAUUCGGGAUUUUGAUGAUCAUGCAACUCGCAUUGUUGGGAAAUAUGAGACUGUUGAUACCUACUACAGGCGUUGUAGCAGCUCCCUUUAUAUACAAUCUGUGGCUGUUCCGCUUCUCUGUAUUAGUGCUUUGGAUGAUCCAGUCUGUACCAGGGAAGCCAUUCCCUGGGAUGAAUGCAGGGCGAAUAAAAAUAUUGUGCUGGCUACUCCGAAGCAUGGGGGACAUCUGGCGUUCUUUGAGGGAAUAACUGCAUCCAGCCUGUGGUGGGUAAGAGCUGCAAAUGAAUUUCUUGGUGUGCUACUCACUAGCAAAUAUAUGCAUGUACAGAAGGAGAUCUCUAAACCACACACACCAUGGGACACACCGAUUGAUCAGGGCCCUUACGUAAACUUUACCAAAAAUGGAAUGGUGGCAGCGUCCGAGCAAACAACACAGAACGAGGAAGAGUCACAAGCAAUACCAUCUGAUCAGCAUCAACCCAAUGAAAGGAUCCAAGAAGAACAAGUUGAAGUGCCCAGAGCUGAUGCAAACUGUGAUGAUGCCCCUGGCAUUGCAGAAACUCCAAGCAUGCAAGGCGAGGCCAUACCCCUUGAUGUAAUAGCACCUUUCAAGAGAUAUUUAGGUCAGUUAUCUCGGCAAAAUCGAUGGUCCAUCUGGUUGCUUCUUUAUAUUGCUGUUACUACAAGUUGGCCUCUGGUGGGUUCAGCACUCCGUGUUGUGUUUGGAAAAAGGUUAAAGGGUAUCUUACCAGCUGGAUUUCUCAGAAGAUAAUCUCAUAUAAUUUAACUUCACUUUUUUCUGUUUGAUAUGUGGGUAGAUAUAUGGUGUUAUAUACUGUUUAUCUGCCUUGAUUGUAGUCAACAUCUACCUUCCUAGACUUACGUAGGAUAAGGGAAAGAAAUAAUAUAGGGAGGACUACCCUUAAAGGCCAUAUUUAAGGAUGCUGAAGUACAUUCACCAUUGAGUUAUAUCCUGGGCAUCAGAUGACAUGCUGAAGAAUGUAUAUCAAUCUUCAAGCAAAUCCCAGUGAGUUCAAAUAAUGUUAUGUCUUGAAUUUCUUGCAAUAAGUGUUUGUAUAUAUUGAAAAAUAAUGAAAAACAUUGGAGAAUAGAUAUAAACAAGUAUCAUAUAUCAUAACAUUUUGCA